AUGGACGGUAAUCUGCAAACCGACUUCUCUACGAAGACCAAGCGAGGAGUCUACCUAUCCAAGGGCCUCGCUUUCGUCAUUCUUAUAAUUUUUGCAUUAGCAAUAGUUGCUACAGCAUUUCUAGUGUAUAAUUUCGCAGCCUGCCCAAGGUCUGAUCAGUUAGCAAAUGUAACAAAAUUCGAACUCACUCAUUGUGAUCAAUCUAAGUUGUUAGUUAUACCUUUAAGUACUGAAAAUAGUAAAAGUGUUAUAUCAGUGGAAAGCACGACUAAUAAUAUUGAAUCUACAACAAGGGAAGACGAAAACGCUGUCACUGACGUAAGACUACCAACUUAUAUCAAACCAGAAAAAUAUAAUUUAGUUCUAACUCCAUACAUUUAUGAGGGAAAUUUUACAUUUGAUGGUGAAAUCAGUAUUAUUUUAACUGUUAAGAACAAAACGAAUAAAGUUACUUUUCAUGGAGUUGAAUUGUAUUUCCAUAAGAUAAAACUGUAUAAAAAGGAAGAUGGCAAGGAAAUAAAGAUUAUAAGAAAAACUGAAGACGUACCAAGGCAGUUUCAUAUUAUUACCACAGCAGAAACAUUGAUAGCUGGACAACAAUAUGUGUUGAAUAUUACUUAUCUGGGUAUCCUUAAUGAUAAUCUUCAUGGAUUCUACAGAAGUUCUUAUGAAGAGAAAAAAGUGAAAAGAUGGAUAGCAGUAACGCAGUUCCAAGCCACAGAUGCUCGACGUGCCUUCCCAUGCUGGGAUGAACCUGCUCUAAAAGCCAAGUUUACUAUCAGCAUCGCCCGCCCCAGUAAUAUGACUUCUGUUUCCAACAUGAACAUUAUUAAACGGGAAAAACAUGAAUCAUUAAAAGACUACAUCUGGGAUCACUAUGCGGAGUCUCUCCCCAUGUCGACAUAUCUCGUCGCUUUCGCUGUUACCAAUUUCGGUAACAUGACCGAUAAUAACUUCUCAGUAUGGGCAAGAAAGGAGGCGUUACCGUCCGCUGCCUAUGCUUUGGAAAUUGGUCCGAAAAUAUUAAAGUUCCUAGAAGAUUAUUAUAAGAUCAAGUUCCCUUUACCUAAGAUCGAUAUGAUCGCGUUACCAGAUUUCAAAGCGGGAGCGAUGGAGAAUUGGGGAUUAUUAACUUUUAGAGAAAUAGCAAUGUUAUAUGACAAUGGGGUAUCACCAACCACUGCUAAAGCCAGAGUUGCAUCGGUUGUUGCACAUGAAAUCGCUCAUCAGUGGUUUGGGAACUUAGUCACACCUGCUUGGUGGUCUGAUAUUUGGUUAAAUGAAGGUUUCGCUAGUUACGUCGAGUACGUCGCAGUUGAUGCUGUGGAGAAAAGCUGGAAAUUAAUGGAGGUGUUUGUGCUGAAUGAAGUUCAAAGUGUUUUUAAGUUGGAUGCUUUAACGUCGUCUCAUCAGAUAUCAGUAGAAGUUGGAAAUCCAGAGGAAAUAGGAGCUAUAUUCGAUAAAAUAUCUUACGGAAAAGGUUCUGCAAUACUUCGGAUGAUGAAUCAUUUUUUGACUGACGAUGUCUUUAAUGCUGGCAUAACUGAUUAUCUAAAUGCUAAGAAGUUUGGUGAUGCUGAGCAAAGGGACUUGUGGAGUGCUUUGACGAAUGCUGCAAGAGAGAAGAAUGCUUUUGACGCGGACGUUGCUAUUGUCAUGGACUCUUGGACUUUGCAAACUGGCUUUCCUGUACUGACUAUUACUAGAGAUUAUAACAACGGCUCCAUUACAUUUAAACAGGAAAGAUUUAUUUUGAUAAAUGAUACAGUCAACGAACAUAACUCGUCGGUGUGGUGGAUUCCAGUAUCAUAUACAACUGCUUCAGAAAAAGACUUUGAAUCCACAAAACCUAAAUUGUGGUUACGAGGAGAGAGGUCAAUAGUGGUCGACAAUAUACGUGUAAAAGAAGAUGAUUGGUUCAUUGCCAACAUACAACAAACAGGAUUUUAUCGCGUUAACUAUGAUCAACGAAAUUGGGAAAUGUUAGUGAAAGUGCUGAAUGACAAAUCUCGUUUUGAAGAAAUCCAUCCAAUCAAUAGGGCUCAAAUAAUUGACGAUGCGAUGAAUUUGGCCCUCUCUGGUCGUCUUGAUUAUAAAACUGCUUUGGACAUUACGAGUUAUCUUUCUCACGAGAAAAGCUAUGUGCCCUGGAAGGCUGGUCUUGUAGCAUUAGGUUAUAUAGACACGAUGCUCUCUAAGGGAGCAUACUAUUUGGAAUAUAAGAGAUAUGUUUUGCGCCUUUUAAAUGUGGCUGUCCAUGAACUUGGGUGGGAGGUAUCGACUAACGAAAGUGUUGUCAGAGCUCAACACAGAGUGGACCUUCUGUCUACAGCUUGUCAUUUGCAACACGUCGAAUGUUUAGAGCACGCUGUAAGAAUGUACAUGAAUUGGAUGCUUACCGCAAAUCCUGACGCUUAUAAUGAUAUUCAUGCGGAUAUUCGCAGUACUGUAUACUGUGUUGGGGUACAAGCGGGUUACACAAGGGAAUGGCGUUUUGCUUGGGAAAGGUUCUUGGUAGCAAGUUCGCCAUCUGAGAGAGAACUGUUGCUCUCAGUGCUAGGAUGUACGAGGGCGCCUCAUUUAUUAUACAGAUAUCUCGAUUUAUCGCUUCGAAACGACAGUGGAAUAAGAAAACAGGACACUGUACGAGUGUUUUCAGCAGUUGCCAGCUCGUCUAUAGGAGAACCGAUUGCUUUCAAUUUUGUUAGAGCUAAUUGGCAAAGGCUUAAAGAAUAUGUUGGGUCAGUCUCUACCCUUAAUUCUAUACUGAAAGUGGUUACUAGAAGAUUAAAUCAAGUUCACGAAUACGAAGAGCUGAAAAGAUUUGUAUCAGAGUCCUGUAGUGACUUGGGGAGACCAGUUCAGCAAGUGUUAGAGCGGACUGCUGCCAACGUACAAUGGAUGGAGAGGAAUUAUCCAACAAUCGUUAACUGGCUUUUGGAAGCGGAUAAGACCUCCGGCAAUAUUGACGACGCG